AUGGUGGGCGACGCCGCGACGGGCGACGACGCGCUCGCGUGGAGCGAUAUCCGGUACGUCGUGGGCAGAGCGAACAGGGUCGUCCUCGACGGCACGAGCGGCGUCGCGCGCGCGUCGCGCCUGCUGGGAAUCCUGGGCCCGUCGGGCUCGGGGAAGACGACGCUCCUGAACGUCCUCGCGGGAAGGCUCAAGACGGACGGGACCGCGACGAACACCGCGACGACGACGACGAUGCGCAAGCGACGCGCGAGGCGCGGCGUCGCGACCGGGCGCGUCGCCUACGCCGGCGACGCGAGCGGUCGCGGCGGUCGCGGGGCGACGCCGCUGUCCUACGUCGAGCAGGAUCCAAAGUUUUUCAGCAACCUGACGGUCCGAGAGACGCUGACGCUCGACGCGGCGCUGCAGGGCGGCGACGCCGCGGACGUGGACGCGAUCAUCCGCAGGCUCGGGCUCGUCGCGUGCGCGGACUCGUACGUCGGCGGCGACACCGGCGGGAAGGCGGUGCGCGGGAUAAGCGGCGGCGAGCGGCGACGCCUCGCCAUCGCCGCGGAGACGCUGUGCCUUCGCAACGCGAGAAGAAGAAGAGACGCGGACGCGGGCGCGGGCGCGGGGGGGGGGCACGAGGCGAGGACAUCAUCGGCAUCGUCGUCGAGCCCACAACGCGGCGGCGUCAUCCUCGCGGACGAGCCCACGACCGGUCUGGACGCGCACCAGGCGGACAAGAUCGUCCAGAAGCUCAGAGAGACCGCGGUCGAGGAAGCCGCCGCGGUGGUGUGCGUGUUGCACCAGCCGAGGAGCGCCAUCUUCGACACGCUCGACGACCUCCUUCUGCUCGCCUCUGGCGGGCGCGUCGCGUACUGCGGCCCCGCGAAGGACGCGCUGAGGCACUUCGAGGAGAUCGGGCACGCGUGCCCGAGGUAUCACAACCCCGCGGAGUUUUUGAUCGAUCUCGUCGCCGUGGACGCGGACGGCGGCGUCGAGGCGGAACGCGCCGACGUUGAACGCGUCGACGCCAUCGCGGAGGCGUGGAAAGCGACCGCGGCGGCGAAGCGCCACGCCACCGCGGCGGCGGCGCUGCUGCGCGCGUCGGAUAAGGCGACGGCGACGGCGACAGCGACGGGGAUCGAACCGGGGGCGAGGGGGACGAGGGAGAAGGACGCCGGCGCGCGUCGGCGACCGCCGGGCGCGUUCGGACAGUUCAAGCUUCUCGUCGGGCGCGCGUUUAAGCAGUGCAGACGCGAGGCUUGGGUCAACGGCGUCAGGCUCGUCGCGUCCGCCGCGCUCGCGCUCGCGUUCGGCGGCUGCAACUACGACGUCGGCCUCGGCGGCAAGUCCGUGAAGCGACGCGCCGCGGUGAUGAUGCAGGCGUGCAUCAACACGUCGAUGCUCGCGGUGUGCCGGUCGCUGAACGGAUUCCCGCGCGAACGCGCGACGGUCUCCAGGGAGAUGUCCCGCGUCAGCGGCGGUUACAAACCCGGGCCGUACUUCUUCAGCAAGCUCCUGGUGGAGACGCCGAUCGACAUGAUCUUCCCGGUCGUCUUCGGCGGCGUCAUGGGGCCGAUGGUCGGGUUACGGGCUGGCGGGAAGAAGAUGUUUUUGACGACGCUCGCGCUGCAGACGGCGUCGGCGUCGUGCUUGGGGCUGUCCGUCGGCGCGCUCGCGCCGAGCGCGGAGAUGGCGCUCGCGAUCGGGCCGUGCAUCAUGGUCCUGAGCAUCAUGCUCGGGGACGAGAGCGGCGCGUUCGCGGAGGUGCCGGAGUCGCUGCGCGGGGUGUCGAACUUUUCGCUCAUCAAGUGGGCGUUUCGCGGGUGCCUGUGUUCGGAGUUUGAAGGCCUCGUGUUCGACCCGCUCGAUAAACGCGGGGAGGAGAAGAAGAAGAAGAAUGCCAACGGCGCCGCCGGAGGCAUCGCGAAGCGCGCGGCGAGGAACGCGAUGGAGGGCGUCUGCCCGAGGACCGGAGAGGAGGUGUUGGAGGGGUUGGGCCUGCCGACGAGCGGCGGCGCGGCGCGCGCGGCCAAGGCGCAGGCGCGUCCCAUACACUGUUUCCCAUACGACCGCGUUGGCGUGGUGAACGCCGAUCCUUAA